UGCAGCGCAUGUGGGAUUGGGAGACUCUGCGAGAGACUUUCGGCUACUUCCUCUUUGUCCUGUAGCUUUCUCUCUCUCCACAGAAUCCUCUGCCCACUGAAAAUUAGGGUUUAUAGCUGAAGAGGGAGGAGGAAAAGCAUUGCGGACGGAGCGUGAACCAGAAAGAUGAGUGCUUCGAGGUUUAUAAAGUGCGUCACCGUCGGUGACGGAGCUGUUGGUAAGACUUGUCUGCUCAUUUCCUAUACGAGCAACACUUUCCCUNAGGAUUACGUGCCCACCGUGUUUGACAACUUCAGCGCCAAUGUGAUUGUGGAUGGGAAUACCAUCAACUUGGGAUUGUGGGACACUGCAGGUCAGGAGGACUACAAUAGACUCAGACCCUUAAGCUAUCGUGGGGCUGAUGUCUUCUUGCUUGCCUUUUCUCUCGUCAGCAAAGCCAGCUAUGAAAAUAUCGCUAAAAAGUGGGUUCCUGAACUGAGACAUUAUGCUCCCGGGGUACCCAUCAUUCUUGUUGGAACAAAGCUUGAUCUUCGGGAUGAUAAGCAGUAUUUUGUCGAGCACCCUGGUGCUGUGGCUAUCUCUACUGCCCAGGGUGAAGAACUGCGGAAGCUGAUCAAAGCUCCUGCUUACAUCGAAUGCAGUGCUAAAACCCAACAGAAUGUAAAAGCUGUCUUUGAUGCGGCUAUCAAGGUUGUUCUCCAACCACCAAAAAACAAGAAGAGGAAGAAGAGAAAAUCUCAGAAAGGUUGUUCUAUAUUGUGAUCAAGAAAAAGAGUGAGUGGUUCCAGGAAGAAAGCAAUCACUGCUUAAAGAAUUGCGUACCCCUUUUAUCCCUCUGUACAAGAUGUGUCUCCAAGAAAGCAGGAAUCUGUUUGUUUGUAGUCUGAAUCUGACAAGUCAGAUAACUUGGAUUAAGAACUAAAACUUCUAGAUUGUGUUCGCAUCUGUAAAUAAACGAAGCCAGUUGUCUUUGUUCCAUAGAUUCUCACGAUGCCUUGGGAGAUUA